GCUUCAUCAGGUACUGGGGGGGCGCGUCUGCAAAGUGGGAAGCGGGUUUCAAUUUCAAACCCAAACAGUCCGAGGGAUGAGCUAGUGGAUUGUGGGAUAACGUUAAAACCAAAUAGUUGCGGCGUUUAGCCGUAGAAUUUGUAACGUUAUUGAAAUCUAAAAAACAGUGUCGUUAUCACCGGACGUGGUUACAGUCCACAGAAUCCGUGAAAAAAAGUCACCGCCGCGUCUUCGCUCCAAUUUUCCGCGCCUGGUUAAUUUGGAUGUCAAACCGACGCUUGGCUUGUUUGUUGCAGGUGUCAACCAAUCCGGAUACUGCAACUUACCACAUUAAAACUAACGCUACUACUGUGUUUAAUUACACAUCUGACAUAGCAAGCCAUUUCUGCAAGAAACAUGCCGAGGUCCAACAGGCAAAGAGAAUACAAACCUGGAGAUCUUGUAUUUGCUAAAAUGAAGGGGUAUCCACACUGGCCUGCGAGGAUUGAUGAGUUACCUGAAGGAGCCGUGAAGUCGCCCUCAAACAAGUACCAGGUGUUCUUUUUCGGAACGCAUGAGACGGCAUUCCUGGGGCCCAAGGAUUUGUUCCCGUACGAUGAACAUAAGGAAAAGUUUGGAAAAGCAAACAAGAGGAAAGGCUUUGCUGAGGGACUCUGGGAGAUCGAGAACAACCCCACUGUCACGCACGAAGGCUACGAGUCAUCGAAGAAGGACAACGCGUCAGAAGGAGCAGGGGAUACAGGUAGUUCGGAGAAAGCAGAUGCAGAGGGCAGCAGUGAUGAGGAUGAAGGGGCCCUGGUCAUCGACGAGAAGAACGAGAGGGGAGGAACUAAACGAAAAGCAGAGGAGUCCACAGAGGCAUCUCCCAAGCGGCCGAAGGAUACAGAGGCGGAAGGUGACUCUAAAGUAGACGGCAACAAGUCGAACACAGAGGCCAAGCUCAAUGAUGUGUCUGGACCCAAGGCAACUGCUCCCUCUUCACAGAGCGAGUCAAAACCAGAGGCCCAGGAAAACGCUCCAGCAGGAGGCCAGCUAACGGCAGAUAAGCCUGUGACAGACAGUGCUUAACAUCAACUCAGAAGAAAACCAAGAACCUUUGACGCUUUUCUCUGGAAUUCAAGCAUCAACAUGAUUACCUGCAGGAUGCCAGAUUUCAGCUGUUUAAUUAAUAGGAUAAUUUUAAAAACCUAAGUGUUUGUAUUGAGAGACAAACAAGUCCUUAUUUGCCAUUUUUGGGAUAUCAUAUAUCCCAGAAACAAAAAGUUUGCUAAUCUGAUUUCAAACAAUUGAAAUGAGCACUUUAAGGCUCGUUUAUAAAUGGGAUUUUGGUGUGUAUAUAUUUUUUAUUUCUAAGUGCAAUUACAUAAUUACAAAGACUGAAUGCUAGGCGUCAAAAUCAUUUUUCAGUUUAGAGGGAAUAAACACUGAAUAUAUAUAGUAAAUAAAAAAGGAGAACAUUUAGACCACACAAAAAAGGAAUAAAAACUCCCAUUCGAUGGUUUUAAAACGUAGAUAUUGUACAGAAAUAAGAACAAAUUUUCACCCAUGCUCUCGGCUUUAGUUCAUAAAUUAAAAUAUUUUACUUCCAUUUGUUUCACCUAGCUUCUCAGCCUUAUCUCAAAUCAUAUAUUCAGUCAUUGGAUACAUGAUGAGUUGCACUUUCGUAAUUUUUUUUCCUGCCCCAUUAAUCAUUAUCUAGUUCGCUGUAUGACGUUUUCAUGCAACACAGGUUUUGCUGCUUUGGUGUAGUGUGUGCUUCAUUGCAGGUGACCAAAUUAUGUGAUUCAUUUCACCAGACUGAAUAUUUAAAGCCCAUUUAAGAAUAACUGUUUUAGGAUCAAAACAGUUACUUUGUAAGCCCCUCUGUAACUUUUUUUUUUUUUGCUGAUUGUGCAUUAUUGAAAGCAGAAAGACAUUCCUGAAUGUUGUGUCAGAGCUCGGUCUUGACAUUUUUCAAGUCAAGGUGGAGCUGUGGCGUUUGUUGGGGGUAAAAGUUAUUUGUCACCACUUUUUCUGCAUAAAUUAUCUGGCAAACUUUCAAAUCCCUAAACUCUUAAUUUCAUGUUAUUAUAAUUUCUUAUUUAGCUCACAUGAUUGCUGCCAUUGCUUGAUACAAGAUGUAAUUGUGAUGAGCAUUUAAUUGCAUUCAGUAAUUGGUUGUACCAAAUAUGUUUCUUUUUCAGGUCUGAAAUGUAUUGCUGACAUUGUUAAUGCCAACAUAUAUGAUCCACACCAAUUGAGAAAUGAAAUCUACAGAGUGAACCAUCUGUAAAACGUUGGUUUCUGACUUUUUGGUUUCCAACUCUCUUAACUGGAAUACGAGUCUGUGUUACUUCAAUGGUCUUAUUAUUUUGACUGUGAAACAAAGUUGUGAUGUUUUAAAGAUAUGUUUUAUUUCAACAUUUGUUUAGACAACAUGUUCAAAAUGUGGUGUUGGUAUUUUCCACUAUAGGUAAUUUUUAAGGUUAAAGUUUUUACGAAUUCUAGACCUGUCACCACAGUACUUGGAUGUCAUCGUAAUCGUUUCAGUGUUCUAUCCUGUAUUUGGCAACAUGAGCCCACAGUUAAUCAAAUGAUGAACCUAAGGGAAAUCUCAGCUGUUAAAAGUGAAAACAACUGCGACUGCUGUCUUAUAUACUCACCUACACCUCAUCACUGAUUUCACACAAAAAUGGUCACCCACUCAAAUCUGGAGUUAAUUCCACAGGUAUAAUUUGGCAUUAAAGUUGGUUUAGCUUUCUCUGUUACUUUCGGAAGCUGUCAUUCAUCUUAAUCUGCUGCUUAGUUUACUGUUGUAGUUGCCAGUCCAUUUAAUAAACAUGUUGAUUACAAAAAA